AUGUCGACGCCGGGGACGCCGAGGGGCUCCCCCACCAAGCAAGGACUGCAUGGGGGCUCGAACGCGGACAAGAUAGCUCUCCAGGACUGCACCAUCUUGUGCAAGCACGCGUCCGGGGGACAGACGACGCACGCGCCCGUCGAGCUCAAGGCGGGCGUGCGCAGCGUCAAGGACGAGUGGCUGCUGUUCGAGGAUCCAGGGAGUAAGUCCGUCGUGCUCGGGCUGUUCGUUGGCUUCGGACCGCACGCCAAGGAGGCCGUCACGCGCGUCACGGACCGCCUGCCCGCGUUGCUGCUGCGCUCGCUUCGCCUCGGGACGCUGGCCAGCCUGGAAAUCGGAUGCGUCAACGUCAUGCAGAAGCUCCAGUCAGAGUUCAAGGAGGCCGCGGAGGACGAGGAGUCCGGCGCGACGGUCCUGCUCGUCAUCUUCCGCGGGGGGCAGGACGCCGUUGCGAUGCAGCUGGGUGACAGCACUGCAGUGUACGCCGGGAUCGACGGGAAGGGCGCGGCCUCUAACGUCAUCGACCUCAUACCCACGCGGCACACCCCCGCUGACCCGCAAGAGGCGAUGGCCGCGAAGCUCGCGGGCGCGCGCCUGUGCGACGCGACGCCCGAGCGUGACGUGGUCGUCCAGCAACGCGCUACGGGCUUCAUUAGCCCCGUCACGGCCUGCGUGGGCGCCCUCGCGCUCACGUCGAUCACCGCGGUGCACCACACGCCUGCGGUGCUCUGGAACGAUAUCCAGCGCUCCGGAUACGUCGUCCUCGCGAGCCCCGCGGUCGUCGAGAGCAUGGGCGGCGCCGAGGCGCUGGUGUCGGCCGUGCACCACCGGUCGCACCACUUCGGCACGCCGGUGCACACCGUCGCGUGCUGGCUCGUGAAGGAGGCGUACGAGAAGAGCAAGACGCUCAACGACGGGUACGGGCCCGCUGCGCACGGCCAGCUCACCGCCGUCGUCGCGUACGUCGGCCCAGCGGGCGGGCGCGACGUCUUCACCGAACGCCGCGUGCUGCACAAGCUCGACGCGCGUGCGGCCGCCGAGGCCGAGUACCGCGCGAUGCUGGGCUCCGGCAAACUACAAGCGCGGCGCGCCAUCUUGCAAAUGACCCGCGAGGCCGAUCUGAGCCGGGAGGAGGGGGGGCCCGAGAGCCCUCAGGCCUCCCGCGACGAGAGGCCGCUGCGUCCGGGCCCGUUCGCGGAGCCCCCGCGCACCUUGCGCCCGUCUGACAUGGGGUCGCCGAGCAUCGAGGCCGCGCGCGCCCGCCGACGGUCCACGGGCGGGUGGCACACGGAGCGCGCGAGGGACUCGAGCGGCAACGAGCUGCCCGUGUCGCGUCUUCUGAAGCAGGUCCUCACGGCGGAGACCUCCGAGGCGGGGCAUGUGCUCCGCACCUUCGAGACGAGCGGCAGCGGCGUCGAGGUGCCUGGGGCCCCGCCGCUGGCGGGGCGGCGGCGGCGAGCUUCGGCGUCUGGCGUGCCGCUCGCGCCGCCGCGGGUCAGGCCGGCGCUGCCACGGCAAAUUCAUCCUUUGCUCGACGCUGAGAGAGCGGACGACGGCCCGGAGCUGCCGGCUCCUGAGCUGUCCCCGGCGCGAAAAGAAGUGUCGUACCGCCGGGGGCUGGGGCAGACGUUCGUACCGCCGCGCAGGGCUCCGGCUGGGGACCCGCAGCUUGCCGCAAUGGAGGCGGCCGUGGCGGCGCGCAGGGCUGCGAGGACGGACACAGCGGGCGGCGGGAGCGAGGGCGCGCAGAGUGUGGCGUCGGGCGACGAGGCGGGCGCGCGGCAGUUCAGCACGGCGAAGUCGGUGGGUCGGACGGCGAAAGGGGAGCCUGACCUCGCGAAGGAGGUUCGGCCAGAGCUGCAACACCGUAUCGAGCAGUUGGUGCAGAAGAAGAACAAGCGGAUGUCGGUGGAUGGGGUCGCGCGGCCCUGA